AUGACCUCCACAACACCCCCAGAUAUCGCCGCCCACGUCGAAUCUCUAAUCCCUAAGUUCCACCUAACCCGCCUCCUAAACUCUGAUCAAGCCGGCCGCCGCAUAUCUCUCUUCGGCACCAUAGAGUCCAAGCCCGCUCUUCUAAUCGCUGAGCGCGCCGCCUUCGACACCAACCCCAGCGUCCUAUCCAACUUCUCCACCUCACUCCGUAACGUCAAAAAUCUCGGUGCAAACGACAUCUACGCCUGGUUUCUCGCAAACUCCAAUCCCAACGACGAUAACCCGCCUCCAGAUUUCAAGUUGAAUUUGAUCUAUCCUUGUACAGAGAAACAUAUCAAGAAGUAUGAGCAACAGCGUUUGAGAGUUGUCACGGAGACGCCGAAAAUCUACGAAAAAUAUGUGAGGCCGUAUAUGCAAGCGCAACGUGAAAAGGGCGCAUUGGAUUGGAUCUUCAAUAUCCUCGAAGGGCGAACCGAGCAAGAGGAUGUCAUGUACCGUGAGUCUGGUGAGGAAGGUUUCUUACUCUUACCGGAUCUGAACUGGGAUCGCAAGACAAUGGGUAGCCUGCACUUGCUGGGUCUGGUGGAGCGAAGAGACAUUUGGAGUGUGAGGGAUUUGAAACAGAACAUGGCGGAGUGGGUGAAGCAUAUGCGGGAGAAGAUGAUUGAGGCUACUGUUAAGCUGUAUCCGGAGAUCGAGAGGGACGAGCUGAAGCUUUAUGUGCAUUAUCAACCGACGUACUACCACUUUCACAUCCAUAUCGUCCAUGUCUCGCUGGAAGCUGGCAGUACGCAAGCUACCGGAAAGGCACUGGGUUUGGAGAACAUCAUCUCGCAGCUCGAAAACAUGGCUUCUAAAUCAACUGCCUCGUCGCCAGGUAUGCAAGAUGUUAGCUUGACAUAUCAUCUUGGCGAGAGAAGUGACUUGUGGGAGAAGGUGUAUUUGCCGCUGAAGGAAGGGCGAGAAGUAAAGGUAGAUGAGUUUUGA